GGCAGCGGUGCGGGCGGGUUCGGGUGUCUCCCGGCUCCGGCUGCUGGUGCUGCCGCCGCCGCCUCGUGAGUCUGGGACCAGGCGGGACUGGCGGGUAUCGGGCAGGCGGGCGCUGGAGGGGCGGUGGCGGGAUAGGUGGCCCCCGGGAAGCCCCCCACCAUGGGUAAUGUCCUGGCUGCCAGCUCCCCCACGCCCUCCCCCGCCGUGCCCAGUCCUGGCUCUGGGCUGGUGUCAGUGCCACCUGGCUUCACCAUGCCCCCCGUCAGCGGGCUCGGCCCCACUGCGCAGGAGCGGCUGGAGGAGAAGGGGGAUCGGCUGCCCAACCCUGGCACCUUUGAGGAAUGUCACCGCAAGUGCAAAGAAUUGUUCCCUGUCCAGAUGGAGGGUGUGAAACUAACAGUGAAUAAAGGUCUUAGCAACCAUUUCCAGGUGAAUCACAGCGUUGCCCUCAGCACUGUUGGCGACUCCAAUUACCACUUUGGGGUCACCUAUGUGGGCACCAAGCAGCUCAGCCCCACAGAGGCCUUCCCGGUGCUGGUGGGCGACAUGGACAACAGCGGCAGCCUCAAUGCUCAGAUCAUCCACCAGCUCUCGACCCGGCUGCGCUCUAAGGUAGCCUUCCAGACGCAGCAGUCCAAGUUCGUGAACUGGCAGGUGGAUGGAGAGUAUCGGGGGGAGGAUUUCACGGCAGCUGUGACGCUGGGAAACCCCGACAUCCUGGUGGGCUCAGGGAUCCUGGUAGCCCAUUACCUGCAGAGCAUCACACCCUGCCUGGCGCUGGGCGGCGAGCUGGUCUAUCACCGCCGGCCAGGAGAGGAGGGCACGGUCAUGUCGCUGGCUGGGAAAUAUACAGCACCUAACUGGAUUGGGACCUUGACGGUGGGGCAAGCCGGGGCCCAUGCAACCUACUACCAUAAAGCCAAUGACCAGCUGCAGGUGGGCGUGGAGUUCGAGGCCAGCACGCGCAUGCAGGACACUAGCGUCUCCUUUGGCUAUCAGCUUGACCUGCCCAAGGCCAACCUGCUCUUCAAAGGCUCUGUGGACAGUAAUUGGAUCGUGGGCGCGGUGUUGGAGAAGAAGCUGCUGCCGCUGCCCCUGACGCUGACCAUGGGGGCCUUCCUGAACCACCGCAAGAACAAGUUCCAGUGCGGCUUCGGCCUCACCAUUGGCUAGAGGCCUUUCCUCCUCUUCCAUCAGCCCUCCCCCACUCCAAUUACAGUGUCCCCCAGCCAAGUCUGCCAUGCGGUUUGAGCUGCCCUGGGACCCUUUGCCCCACCCAUCCAUGCUGGUGCUGCCCAGUUAAGCCCUGGAGUACGGGGCUCCAGCCCCUUUACUGCCCCAAGCAGGCACCUCCCCAGAGGGCCACUGCAGGUGCCAUGGGGUAGGUCCUGACAGAGCCCAGGGGUCUGAUCCCCAGGGAGAGCCCCUUAGCAUGGCGGCUCUAGCGCUGUCACGUUUGGGUUCCAGUCACCUCGUCUGCCCCUCGGGAUGGGUCACUGGGGUCUGCUCAGCCCCAAACACAAGGUUCGACGCUCUGUCCCCAGGGGCUGCUAUAAAAUGGAGAGCUGACUGGUGCAGGGUCAGUGGCUGCUGGGCCCUCAGGAGGUGCCUGGCCUGCUCCCUGCCUCCCCUGGCCACCAUAUCCUAGCAGCCCCUGGGGGGAGGGGAGGCGUGAUCCUCCCUGCUUCGGGGAGGGGACCUAGUGUCCCCUGUAUUCCCAUGGCUUGGAUUUGGGGCUGGGGGCUGUCCUGGGGCACCAGGUAGGGAGAAUGAGUUGGAACCCAGCGAUAGGAUAACCCCCCACCAAGGGUGUAAAAUGUCCUCUUCAGCCUGAUACCCUGUGCUGACAUCCUUCCUCACCAGGGAGCGCUGUGACAUCAGGAACUCUCCUUCUGGAGCAAUGGGAGAGGGAUUGGCUCCGUCCUGGGGGUGGGGUCACUUGGCCUGAUGCACUGAGGGGGGAUCGGGGCUUGGUGGAUCCCCUCAGAAAUGGAUUGUCCCAGCUGGUGGGGGUGCACUGACCCUGCAGCUAUCUGCCAGGAGGGGCUGGAUCCCUCACCAAACCCCCCACAUCUCUGUGCAGCUGUGGGGAGAUUCUCUCUCUCUCUUUCUCUCUCUCUCUGCACCAAUUACACCCCCUCCCUUUGUGCCAUUGGAUCACUGGGGUACCAGUGGCUUUGCAGCCUCUUACCUCACACCCCAGAGAGCUGUGGGUCAGACUCUACCCCUGGGGUGAUGGGGCCACAACUUCUCUAGCUGCUGCACCCUACCUCCCCUGUUCAGGCCUCUCCGGCCCUUCCCCUCCCAGCCUACACUGAUCCAAAGAACCACAAGGACCUAUUGAGUGCUCUCUGCACCCACCACGGAUUGGGGGUCUGUCUGUGCACACACACAGCCCCGCCCCAGUAGGAGGAGUAGCAGUUUGGGGGGCCCUGCCUGCAUCCCAUCCCCACCCAGCAGCACUGUGAGGAAGACCAGCGCUUUGAGGGAGAGGUCCUGUCAGCCCCAGAGCAGCACUAGGAGGAGCAGCGGAUUGGGGGAUCCCAAGCAGCACUAGGAGGAGCAACGGUUUGGGGGGGUCCCAGCAGCACCUGGAAGAGCAGCAGAUUGGGGGGUCCCCCCAGCAGCUCCAGGAAGAGUGGUGGAUUCGGGGUUCCUCCGCCCCGCCGUUAGAGACUCUGUGUGUAAAUCAUGUUUAUAAGUUAUGGGAACUGAAGGAUCUUUUACAGAGACCCUCAAAACACCUUCCCCCCCCCCAUGAUGUUGGAAAUGUCCUGUCUGAAUAAACCCCCCAGCACUGGGCACCGUC